AUGACCCUCAGAUGCAGGGGAUCACAGGAAGCUGAUCUGUACCGUCUGGAGCAAAAGCUAGGAAAUGCCAGGUCUGAUGUCAAGGAUAUGACAGUAUUUGGAAUGGAGGCCAAAUUUUCCUUUCCUUUUGUGUCAUGGAACCAUGCAGGGACCUACUACUGCCACUACAGACACUCAUUGGGCUGGUCAGAGCCCAGUGACCCCCUGGAGCUGGUGGUGACAGAAGUUUAUAAAGAACCUUCCCUGGCAGCCCUGCCCAGCUCUGAGGUGGCCUCAGGACAGUAUGUGAUCCUGCAGUGUCAGUCACAGCGAUGGUUUGACUGGUGCGCCCUGUACAAGGAUGGAGAAGAGAUCAGCCGUGGCAGGACCCGGAGCCAUGAAGGAGGGCGUCAGGCUGACUUCUUCUUCCCUGUUGUGAAUUCUACCCACGAUGGCACUUACCGAUGCUACAGCUUUCGAAGUUCUUCCCCUAAUGCAUGGUCCUCCCCCAGCGCCCCCCUGGUGCUCAGGGUCACAGGGACCUCUUCUCCAAGCCCUGAAUCUGAGAACAGGCUCUCACAUGUUGCUGUCCUGGAUUACACUAUGGGCAACCUGGUCCGCCUCAUCUCAGCUGGAUUGAUCAUCAUCCUCCUGGUGGUCCUGCUAGCUGAGCACUGGAAAAGCUCCAGGGAGUCCUUGUCUGAGCACUCUGGCCAAACAAGCCCUCAAGAUAGUGAGCUGAAGAAAGCUGUCCCUGAGCAACAGAAACCCAUGAUGAAGAAAGGCCUCUAUACCCCGCCCUCCCUGGCAGCCCUGCCCAGCUCUGAGGUGGCCCCAGGACAGAACGUGACCCUGCAGUGUGGGUCAGAGUGA